AGCCGCUAAAAUUGGACUCUUGUCACAAGUGCUGAAAACUAAAUCAAUAAAAUGAACUAUUAUUUGCUUGUAAUAUUUUUUAAGUAUAUGUGUUAUCAUUUGUCGAAAAAAUACCUCUUAUUCUGGAACGGAGGAUUGUGCCGGAACUUCUUUCAUUGUAUCGGGUUCUCAUCGGCGGUGUUUUGAGAGACAACCAGAAGUGUCCCAUUUGGCAAGGGACCGCCUCCUCAUUCAUUUUCAAAACACUGCACUAUGGUUAUAUUGUGAUAUUUGUGAUUUUGCUCAGUGCGUUUUGCAGCUAUGGCUUCCAAACGCAAAGUGGAGGUGGCCGUCCCGGCAGAGGAGAGUGACCAGCUUCAUAUUCGUCCGCUGGGUGCUGGGCAAGAGGUUGGGAGGUCUUGUAUUAUCCUGGAGUUCAAAGGAAGGAAAAUUAUGCUGGACUGUGGCAUUCACCCUGGCUUGGAGGGAAUGGAUGCCCUCCCCUACAUAGACUUGAUCGACCCAGCGGAGAUUGACCUGCUGCUCAUCAGCCACUUCCACCUUGAUCACUGUGGGGCUCUGCCUUGGUUCCUCCAGAAGACCAGCUUCAAAGGCAGAACCUUCAUGACCCAUGCCACCAAGGCCAUAUACCGCUGGCUCCUGUCGGACUAUGUCAAAGUCAGCAACAUUUCUGCAGACGACAUGCUAUACACUGAAACGGACCUGGAGGAGAGCAUGGAUAAGAUUGAGACAAUUAACUUUCAUGAGGUCAAGGAGGUGGCAGGGAUCAAGUUCUGGUGCUACCACGCCGGCCAUGUACUGGGGGCUGCCAUGUUUAUGAUUGAAAUAGCCGGGGUCAAGCUGCUGUACACAGGAGACUUCUCACGCCAGGAAGACAGGCACCUCAUGGCGGCUGAGAUUCCCAGCGUCAAACCGGACAUCUUAAUUAUUGAAUCCACAUACGGCACGCACAUCCAUGAGAAGCGCGAGGAGCGCGAGGCUCGCUUUUGUAACACGGUCCACGACAUUGUCAACAGAGAGGGUCGCUGUUUGAUUCCCGUUUUCGCUUUGGGGCGAGCCCAGGAACUGCUGCUCAUCCUGGACGAGUACUGGCAGAACCACCCGGAGCUCCACGACAUCCCCAUCUACUACGCCUCGUCCUUGGCCAAGAAGUGCAUGGCCGUGUACCAGACCUACGUCAACGCCAUGAAUGACAAGAUCCGCAAGGCCAUCAACAUUAACAACCCUUUUGUCUUCAAGCACAUCAGCAACCUCAAGAGCAUGGACCACUUUGACGACAUUGGCCCUAGUGUGGUGAUGGCGUCCCCUGGCAUGAUGCAGAGUGGCCUCUCCAGGGAGCUCUUUGAAAGCUGGUGCACGGACAAGAGGAAUGGAGUCAUCAUCGCUGGAUACUGUGUAGAGGGAACACUUGCCAAGCUUCCAGUGGCGCCUGUGUUUGUUGCGCAGCACAUCAUGUCCGAGCCAGAGGAGAUCACCACCAUGUCGGGACAGAAGCUACAGUUGAAAAUGUCGGUGGACUACAUCUCCUUCUCGGCCCACACAGACUACCAGCAGACCAGCGAGUUCAUCCGCGCUCUCAAACCCCCACACGUGAUCUUGGUCCACGGCGAGCAGAACGAGAUGGGACGUCUGAAGGCGGCGCUGAUCCGAGAGUACGAGGACAACGACGAGGUUCACGUCGAAGUUCACAACCCGCGCAACACAGAGUCUGUCACCCUCAACUUCAGAGGAGAGAAACUGGCCAAGGUGAUGGGCUCUCUAGCGGAUCAGAAGUGUGUUCAGGGUCAGAGGGUGUCAGGUAUCCUGGUGAAGAAGAACUUCAACUACCACAUCCUCAACCCCUCAGACCUUUCACUGUAUACAGAGCUGUCCAUGAGCACAGUGAAGCAGACCCAAGGCAUCCCUUUCACUGGACCAUAUUCGCUGCUCGUCUGCCACCUUAGGAACCUCACAGGUGAUGUGGAGGAGCUGGACGGGACCGAAAAGAAAACCCUGAGGAUCUUCCAAAACAUCACUCUGAUCCACGAAGUCGGCAUGGUUGUGCUGGAGUGGAUCGCUAACCCUCUCAACGACAUGUACGCCGAUGCCGUCACCACUGUGGUGCUGGAGGUCCAGUCCAAUCCAAAGGCUCAAAAAGUCAUGGAGACCCAGAGUUCCAUUUUGGACAUGGACGUCUUUCAAAGCCGACUAGAAGUCAUGUUACAGGACAUGUUUGGCCAGGACUACGUGGACAUCAGUGAUGGCCAAAACAUCUCAGUGACGGUCGAUGGCAAAACGGUGAACAUUUGCUUGGAAACACGGUCGGUGAGCUACGAGGACGAGAGCACAGAGGACGAUUCCCUGAGGGAGCUGGUGGAGCAGGCUGUGCUGCGCCUCUUUGACGCCCUCAACCCCAUCACAUCACUCGCGCCAUCAGUUACGUUUUAAAGGAUGUAACCAAAGGCCUGGUAUACACGUGAGGAUUUUUUUUAUCUGCCUACAGUAAUGCCACACAUAAUGACAAAAAAAUCAAGCAUUCAGUAGUUUUAGUCGUAUUGUGUUUGGUGUGCUCCGAUAAUCGCAGUGCACAAACACCAUACACAUAAAGGCUUUGUUCUGCCGCCAAUCUGGAAAUCAAACAUGAUCACACGUGAUCUCACAAAACCGAAGACAAGCAGGCACUUCCGGGUAUGCGUCGGUCUUUGCCGAGUGUUGCCAAAGGGAAUGGAGGCAGACGUUGUGUAGAUAAUGUAAAAGACUCGCUUUGGAAAAUACUUCUUGCUGUCUGGGGAACCCACUUUUGUACAAAAAAACGACAUCGGGUAAGACAUGUUUGUUUUCAUAUACGGUUGUUUUCAUGUUCCUAAGUCGGGGCAAGUCUUUGAAUGUCAACAUUUGGUUUCACAUCACAAUUUAUGGCAUUAUGAGAUAUUGCCUCCCCCCCCACACACACAAAGAAUUUUGGUUGAAGAUUGUUGGCCCCUACUCGUUUCGGACCCUAUAAUCAGGAUGAAUGCACUGUUAACACACAUCUGAACUAAGGACAAUGUUAUAAAACAUCAGAUAGUCUGCUGUUUGACAUACUUGGUCGGAAAGGGGCAAAAUCGGGUCAAAUACAUACAACUUAUUGUCUUUAUGUGUACCGGGCUAAAGUCAUUUCACCUCUAACAAGUAACGUAAUUUGUAAAGUGACACUUUGUAUUCGUUUGCUUUGGAUAACCCUGACUAAUGUAAUUGUGAGUCAUUAGUUAAUCUUCUGUAUUUUAAACAUCUGCUGUGAUUUUACCUGCAAGCACUUCUAGUAAAUGGGCUUUCACAUGUAUAGUGCUUUUCUACCUCAGGUACUCAAAGCGCUUUAACACCGUCUCCUCAUUCACCUGACACAACAUCAGGAGCCACUGGUGCUUCAGUAUCUUGCUCAGUGAUACUUGGACAUGUUCACAGGGGCCGACGAUCAAACCCACAACCUUUGGGUUGAGAGACGAACACUCUACCACCUGAGCCAUGCCCCGCCCCUCCUCCUAUUUAUAGUUAUUAUUUAUUUAUAGUUAAUAUAUGUUGUGUUAGUUUAAAAAAAAUGUGCACCGACCUGAGACUUUGUGUUUUGUUCUUAAUGUAAACUGUGAAUUUGUAGUUGUACUAAAUGUUCAGUAUUUAACAUCAGAAUUGCAUCAAGGGUCAUCUUUU